GCACUUCCUGCUUGUUCCUGAGCUGCAGGUGCACCUUGGAGUCAAUGCAACUUGGAGUCUGCCACAGCAGCUUUGGAGAACACUAUGGAAAGGCUCUCUGGAUGCAGACUGCUGUGUACUUCACAGUUUCAGGGAGUAAAACAGGGAGGUUGUUGUGUUUAUUUUCCAGCAUAGAGGUUGAGGAAGGUCAGGCCCUCAGGAGUGGUCAUUGGAGCAAACCUCCCUCCUGGACAAGUGUUCUUGUCUGAGGGGACUUAGAGCUUUUAUUUGUGCUCUGGGGUGACACAACUCUACUGGCUGACCUGCAUAAAUCCUUUCGUUCCAGAGCCUUGCCACAGCUCUGGGUCUCUUCCUGGACCUGGUGGGAAAUACUUGGUGCAACACCCAGGAGAGAAAUGGAACAGCAGCAAGAACACUGCUGAGCCAGAUAGCCUGUUCACAAAAUCCUGCUCACAGCAGCUCUUGGCAUCAAGCCUCUAACUCCAGAGCCAGGUCCCAGGUCCCUGUUUUGCAUUUUCCUUCUCUUUGCAGUGAGAACACAUCAGCCUGGGUGUAACCCUCUCCUGAGAGGCCACCAGUCCCUGCCAAGCUGCAAAGCUGAGAGAUGAAGGAAAAAACUGACAGAGCAAAGGGCACCCACGUGAGCUCAUGGCAGCUCAGAAACCCAGGCUCUCCAAAUGCCUACCAAGGGACCCCUUCCGAAGAUACUGCUCUCCCCAGGGGACACAGCUGUAGCUUUACAAUCUUCUGGUUUAAUUUCCAGCUAUCGAGUGCAAAUCCUGUGUAUGAGAAAUUCUAUCGACAGGUUGAUUCUGCUAAUGCUGGAAGAGUAUUAGCUUCUGAUGCAGCAGUUUUCUUGAAGAAGUCUGGAUUGACAGAUUUGGUGCUUGGAAAGAUUUGGGACCUAGCUGAUACUGAUGGCAAAGGUAUCCUGAACAAGCAGGAAUUUUUUGUGGCUUUGCGACUUGUAGCGUGUGCACAGAAUGGAUUGGAUGUUUCUCUGAGUAGUCUUAACUUGCCUGUUCCUCCACCAAGAUUUACUGAUACGAGUAGUCCUUUGCUACUCAGUGGAACAGCAUCAAGUGAUCUACCAUGGGCUGUAAAGCUGGAAGACAAGGUCAAGUAUGAUGCUAUUUUUGACAGCCUAAAUCCAGUGAAUGGACUGUUGUCAGGGGAUAAGGUGAAACCUGUGCUCCUUAAUUCAAAACUGCCAGUGGAUAUCUUAGGACGAGUGUGGGAAUUGAGUGAUAUUGACCGCGAUGGAAUGUUGGAUCGAGAUGAGUUUGCAGUUGCCAUGUUUUUGGUAUACUGUGCUUUGGAGAAAGAACCAGUGCCAAUGUCCUUGCCUGCAGCUUUGGUGCCACCAUCCAAGAGAAAACCUCUCAGUGUUCCAGGAGCAAUGCCAUUAAUACCAUCUUCAACCAAAGAGUCUCAUCAGUCCUUGCCACCUGUGGGUAUUUUAGCUGCCAAAACACCAUUAACACAGUGGGUUGUAUCGCCUGCAGACAAAAUUAAGUACGAUGAGAUCUUUGUGAAAACUGACAAGGACAUGGAUGGAUUUGUGUCAGGUGUGGAAGCCAGAGAACUAUUCCUGAAAACAGGGCUGCCUUCUGCUCUCCUUGCACAUAUCUGGGCUCUCUGUGACACCAAGGACUGCGGGAAGCUUUCAAAGGAGCAGUUUGCUUUGGCUUUCUAUUUAAUUAAUCAGAAGUUAACAAAGGGCAUUGAUCCACCUCAGGCUCUGACUCCAGAGAUGAUUCCACCUUCAGACAGGGGUGUCAGUGUACAGAAGAAUACUCAAGUACCGAAUUCUGUAGCAGAUUUUUCUGCAAUUAAAGAACUUGAUACAUUAAACAAUGAAAUUGUGGACCUGCAGAGGGAAAAGAAUAAUGUAGAGCAAGACCUGAAGGAGAAAGAAGAUGCUAUCAAGCAGAGGACAAGUGAAGUCCAGGAUCUUCAGGAUGAAGUAAAGCGGGAGAGCAGUAAUCUGCAAAAGCUGCAAGCUCAGAAACAGGAAGCACAGGAAACCCUUAAUGAUCUUGAUGAACAGAAGGCCAAGUUGGAAGAACAGCUUAAUGACAUCAGGCAGAAGUGUGCAGAGGAGGCCCAUUUGAUUGCCAUGCUGAAGGCUGAAAUAACAAGCCAGGAAUCAAAGAUUUCAGCAUAUGAAGAUGAACUGACCAAAGCCCAAGAGGAGCUGAGUCGCCUGCAGCAAGAAACUGCAGAGCUUGAGCAAUGCAUAGAGUCUGGGAAAGCACAGCUGGGACCUCUUCAGCAACAUCUGCAGGAUUCACAACAGGAAAUCAAUUCAGUGCAGACAAAGCUUCUUGAGCUGAAAGAACUGGAAAAUAACCAAUUUAAUUGGCACUCUCAGCCCCAUAGUACACUUGUUAAUGGAACUGUGGAUCAUUCUAGUCUUAGCAACAGCAGCAGUGAAACUGCAAACCUUAAUGAGAAUGCUGAGAGGGAAAGUAUAGCAGAAGAGGAACAAACAAACAGUGUGUCUCCAAUAAGGAAUAGUCCUGAAACAGCAGUCUCUGUUGGAGAAGAGAAAGAGACCCCAGCUGCAUCUGUUACCAAAAAAGAAGAUCCAUUUGAUGCUGAAUCUCAUCCGUUGCCUGAUCUAGUUUCUGAAGCCAGCUUAGAGUUCUUCCAGUCUGACCCUUUUGUUGGCAAUGAUCCCUUCAAAGAUGACCCUUUUGGGAAAAUUGAUCCCUUUGGUGGUGAUCCCUUCAAAGGCUCAGACCCUUUUGCAGCUGACUCUUUCUUCAAGCAAUCCUCCACCGACCCUUUUGUGACUGCUGGCACUGAUCCAUUUAGUUCUGCAGACAACAGUAGUAAUACCACAACAGAGAUAUCAAAGAAGAAUGACCCUUUUGCUCCUGGUGGAACCACUGUUACUACAUCAAAUGAUCUAGCUGCAGAUCCCUUUACCUCCCUGUUUGGAAGUGAAUCCUUUGAAGGUGGCUUUGCUGACUUCAGCACUCUUUCGAAGGCCAACAAUGAGGAUCCUUUUAGCUCUUCCACAUCAGGCUCUGUCAGCAGUGUCACCAUAACUAAGAACUUAUUUGAGGAACCACCAGCUAAAAAUGAGGAUGUUCCUCCUGCACUGCCCCCUAAGACAGGAACUCCCACCAGGCCCUGCCCACCACCACCCGUAUUCUACUGAGGAAGACAUGAUUGAAUGGGCUAAGAGAGAAAGUGAGAGAGAAGAAAAAGAAAGAUUGGCAAGACUAAAACAGCAAGAGCAAGAAGACUUGGAACUGGCUAUUGCACUCAGUAAAUCUGAAAUAUCAGAAGCAUGAAGUUUAGAAUAAGAUUUUAUCUGACGUAAACUGUUUUGUCCCUUUUCCUGAGUACCUAACCUAUUUAAAUGUUAAUCAGAAAAUGCAUAUAUACAAGAAACUAUAAAAGGUUUUAAAUUUCUGAAAGUGAUGUGAAUGUUUCUGCUAAAUUCAAUCCUUUUGGUUAUUGUUUGAAUAAUUGUUAAGUUUAGCAGUCAAUUUCUCUCAAGUUUUCAGGAGAGCAAAGUACUUUUCCCAGCUGAAAGCAAAUCAGUUUAAAAUGCAGAUACAGAGAUUGGGGUUUGACUGUAGUCUAUCAGCAGUUGGUAAUUGAGCAUAAAGUGAACACAGCAAUUAUUCUGUCAUGGCUGACUGUCUCCCAUCAAGCAGUUAGUCACUGGAAAUCUUUUAUCCUUCUGAACGGGUUUUAGUAAUGCCAGAGUUGUGGAGUGCUUUAUUUUAUAUGUAUGCAUAUAGAUUCUUUUUCUCCUUGCUGAAGAUUUUAUGUUGGAUUUAACAUGAUCUUCAUGGAGUCUCCAUCAGAAAGAGUAUGUCUUUCUGAAACCUUUAUUGAUUUUCCUGCAUGAUCAUAGGUUUUAAGACAGACCUUUUAUUUUGUUUUAUAAAGCAAUUAAGCUGAACAUUCAUGUGCAUUUGCUGUUGGCUAAGGUGACUGUCAAAUUGUGAGACCCCACUGCUAUUUGAGCCACUUUUGCCUGUGAAAUAUGCAGCUGAACUGGCAAGUUAAUGAGUUCCAUUUGAAAUAGGAUUGAGAAUAGAAAGAAAAAACAGGUAGUCUGAUUUCUAUUUUUUUUUAACCACAGUUGUUUUCUGUAUAUGUAAUUUAUUGAAUGCCAACUGAUAGUUGCACCUUAAACUGAAUGAUUUCUGAAUGGUCACUGAGUCAGAGUAGGAUUGAUAGAAUGUUAAUGAAAAUAACUUAAUGAAAAUAACUUAUUGUUCAUUUUGAGUGAAUUCUAUUUGGAAAAUCAGUUUCAUUAAAAUAAUUCCAAAAAGAAUAAUCUUUUGCCCUAUCUAAUUAAAAUGGAUGGCAGCAGCAUAAACAUCCAGAAGGGUUUUUUUCUUGCACUUUUAACCUGUGGUAUUUCUUUUGAGGAAAUUGAAGUGUUUCAAUACACUGCACUGGGGCAAAGGGGGAGAACUCAGCCAUGCUUCAGUACAUUUAAGCUCUUCCCAUUAUCUGUCAAUGCUGCUGUUGCAUGAGUUUGAAGGUUUUCAAUUUUUCAGGAAAAAAUUAGUAAGCUGACUGGGAUGGUUUUUCUUUUGCACUGGGAGAUGAGCGUUUAAACACCUGCUCAAAAGAAAAGUAACUUAAAAUUUUGCAAGUAUUAAAUAAUUAUAACUUAUCUUAUACAUCUUUGUAAUGAGUGUACACUAAUCUUGCAAAUCAUAUGCUUAACUGGAUUACAUAGUGUCUUAUCUUUUGUUAAAAAUGUAUACUCAGUGGACCAACACAAUAUUAUAUGUAUAUAUUAUAUAUAUAUUCCUGCUUUCCUUUAUGGAAUUUAAAGUUUUGAGUCAUUUGAUGUUACAUUUCAUGUUACUGACUCUGACUAUAGGACUUUUACUCAGACUACCAACAAACCACUGCUGUGAGCUAAAAGGCAUUACUUUAUGAAGUUUUAACUGUUUGUUUGGUUUUUUUUUUUUAAACAACUUGUUCAGGUGGGAUUAGCCUCUAUUUAUAGACUUCCCUUUUGUUUAAAAAUUCUAACAAUAGCCUGUAAUUAUGAAGAAAUAAAGUUUAAGUACAUAAAUGUGAA